AAUGGCCCGCAUGACAGACGAGUCCGCAGAGGAGCUCUUUGUCGACAAAGAGGGCAUCCAGCACUGGGACGGUGAGAACAUAGCUCUUCUACGAGAAUAUCGAAUGAGAGUGAUGAUUGAGUACAGCACGCAGUCGAGCACGACGGAGGCCGGCAAGGAGAAGCGGGCGAACCUGGGCUUGCGCCUGACGCGAGGCCUCACUGGCCGGGCGUGGAAGGCGGUGGAGCCUCUCCUGGACGACACGGCAGCGCUCACCCAGGACGGCUCGCACCAGAGGAUCAUCGAAGCUCUCGAUGGCCUGGACAAAGUGGCAGUGGUGCGCAAGCAGCAGAAGUUCGACGAGCUGACCGAGCUCUACACGGGGGCGAAGCUCAGCGACGAUCUCUACGCGCACUUCCUCCUCGAGGGGGCCAUGCUGACGGACGACCAGAAGCGGCUGGUCACGAUGGUGCCGGACAAUAAGUACGAGACGAAGGCUUUCGAGAACGCGCUGAAGACGAACUACCACGACCUCCACCUGCAGGAGAAGACCUCCCGGCCGCCACCGCCUCACCCUCACGGGCGCCCGAAGGGCGGAGGCAAGGGCGGCGAGGACAAGUCCAAGAGGCAACCGAGGGUGCACUACACCGAGGCGGACGACGUGGACGACGAGGAGGAGGAGCAGGACGAGGACUACGACGACGAGGUCUACGAGGCCUACGAGGAUGGCGAUGCCGAGGAGGACUUCUCCAGCGACGCUGGUGCGAGUCAUGGCGAGGCGAUCAACAACGCGUGCGCCGCCUACGACACCGCCCGGGCCAAGGCCCGGGACCUCCAGAGGAAGCGCGGCUUCUUCAAGGCGGAGGGCACGCUGACAUUCGAGGAGCGGAAGGCGGAUAUCGCAAAGGACAAGCAGCGCACGCACUGCGGGGCGUGCGGCAAGCUCGGCCACUGGGCGGGGGACCCGGAGUGCCCCAUGGGCCCGAAGAGGCCGAAGCCGUCAGCGAAGCCGAAGAAUCGAGCAGACCCACGCGGGCGAGCAGCGGCGCUUUCGCGCCCGGCCUGGAGCAGCCCUUCGGCUUCGGGCAGCAGCCCACGCCCAACGAGCAGUACCAGUGCCAAGAAGCGGAGGGAUGCGACCCUCUUCGUGCUGGACGACGUUGAGUACGACUCGGCCUUCCUUGUCAGCUCGGACCGUGGCUCCGACCUCGGCUCCUUCAAGCUCGUGGGCAGCGACGUCGGCGACAGCGCGAGUGUGGUCAGCGACAGCCUCAGCACGAUCCCCCCGACGAUGAAGGACGACGAGGUGCUGCCGUGCCCGAAGUGCUCCAAGGCUCUGGUGGCCCGCCAGAAUCAUCGCACGGGCGGCUGGUUCUUCGGAUGCAGUCAUUUCCCGGACUGCAAGGGCACGCUGAACUACAACGAGGGCGAGCAGCGGCUGCGCGAGGCGCGUGACUCGUCUGAUGUACCAGUGGCGCUCAUCGACACCGGUUGCGCAAGAUGUAUGCACGGCAAGCGCUGGCGGGAGUUGUUCGAGAAGAGGUGCUUGCAUCCCCGCGGCCUGGAGAUCAAGAUGACGGACCGCCUGAGGAGCUUCUCCUCGGCCUUUGGCAAGAGGCAGGAGGGGCGCGUGGUCGAGAUCCCGGUCGCCCUCGGCGGCCGCCGCGGGGUGAUCUUCAGCGCGGAGAUGGAGGACUGCGACACCCCGCUCCUGGUCAGCCUGGCGUCGCAGGAGGCGCUGGGUGCCGUGCUCCACCUGAAGGAAAUGCGGAUGGAGCUGCAGGCGCUCGCCGUGGACGUGCAGCUGCUCAAGGUGGGCGGUCACUUGGCAGUGCGACUUGAUGACUGGGGUGAUGAUGGUCACCGAUCGGCAGUAGCUUCGAGUUCGGGACCAGCGACGGCGAUCUCGGAGAACCGGGACUCGGAGUUCUUCUUCGCGCAGGCGCAGAAGGAGUCGGCCUUCGAGGAGUCCGGCGGCGAGGAGAUCCGAGUCGAGGAGGAGGUUGGCCACGCCUUCCUGUCGAAGGAUCGCGGUGUGCUGGCCACCGACGCGACAGGGAUCCUCUCCAAGACGACUCGGAAGAAGCUCGAGUCCACCUGGUUCGAGGCGGAGCGUUUCGUGACCGCCGACUUCCAGACUACGGUGGUGUUCGAGCCGUUCGGUGGAGAGCGCAUCCUGACGCGCUACGGUGCAAAGGAGUACGGUAAGAUGCAGUCUCAACCGCUGGACGUGGACCACUCCCCCGACUACGACUUGCUCAAGGGCCCUGGACGGGCCUUACUCUACCGGAUCCUCGACCUGCACUGGCCUUACAUCACAGUGUUGGCUUUUCCCUGUCAUCCGUGGUCCCUGAUGACCAACAUGAACAAGCUCAUCGACUGGGAUGAAGUCCGCAGGAGUGCUCGCCGUUAUCUUUUGCUUGUUCGGCGGGUAUCUCGAUGUGUGCAUGCGAGAGGACGGUAUUUCUUGAUAGAGCAGCCUUUGACAGCACUUUCUUGGGAGUAUGAUGGCAUCCUGAUGCGUUUGUGGGAUUUGGAAGGUGUUGUGUUUGUGCGCGGAGAUCAACGUGCCUACGGAGCCUGCGACAAGGACACGGGCAAGCCGAUCAAGAAGCCGACGGGGUGGCUCACGAACAGCGCAGCGGUGGCGAACCACCUGAGCAAGCGCUGUACCUGCCCGCCCGGCGCCCGCCAGCAGCUGCUCGGAAAGAACUCGGGUGGCUAUCGGGCGCAGCAGGCGGCAGCCUACCCCGUGGGCCUCGCGAAGGCCUUCUGUCGCGGCGUGCUCCAGCAGAUGAAGAUCGACUGCCGCAGCUCGCUGGUCAUGGAUGCGGCCUUCCCGGUGGGGGAUGCUUUCCCUCGCGAGCGUCCGCGAUCGCGGAGCCCGCCGCGGGGAGAGCCUGUGCCAGAGGAGGUGCACCAGGAGGGCCCGCCUCCCGGAGGGGACGCGCCGCCUGCCGAGGCGGCGGCGGAGGCCCCGGAGGCACCGUCCGAGGUGCCCUCGGGGCCCAGGCGCGGCCGAGCGCCUGCUCGCCGCGAGCGCGGCGUGCCUCCAGGCGGACCCCCGCUGGGCUUCUGCCGGGGACGGCGUGCGCAGCACGGCGAAUUCGAGCUGUUGGCGGUAGAGCUGUAUGCUGAGCUGGACGCGCCCCGGUGUUGGCACAGGAGGUUGCUGGAGAAGAUGGGCGAUGAUAUCGAGACGAUCAUGUGGGGCUCGGACCUCUUCCUGGGGGAGCUGGGAGGAGUCAUCAGCGAGCCGCUGAAGAUGGUGAAGCUGCACGCCGCGGACGCCCCGCUCAGGAUGGUCACUGCGCUCAAGGGCGACCAGCUCUUCAGGCUAGACUUCGAGGACUGGUCGCAGCAGUCCCUGCAGGCGCGGCGGCGCUGGUUGCCGCGACAUCUACUCGAGAACGACGUGGUGGUCUUCUACUUCGCGGGCUACGAGCGGGGCGACCUGCCCGAGGGGCUGGCUGCCGCACAGCAGCGGGGCGCCUCGCGGGAGAGGAGGCGACGUUGGGAGCUGUUGCCGAGGGCCGUCAAGAGGGCGAUCGAGGGGGUGCACGCGAGCCUCGGGCACCCCUCGCGACCAGCGCUGCUCAGGGCGCUGCGCCUGGGCAAGGCGACGGCGCUGGCGCUGAAGGCAGCGAGGCUGUUUGUCUGCGAGAGCUGCCGGCGAGUGCAGCGACCCAGCAUCCCGCGUCCGAGUCAGCUCCCGAGGGUCGACGAGUUUAACGUGCUGCUCGCGAUGGACUGCUUCGAGAAGGUCGACAGCGCCAGCAACAACUGGGAGUUCCUUGGCAUCAUGUGUAUGAGGACGAACUUCCACGUGGUCUGCCUGCUGGAGGACACUCACAAGAACACCAAGGCCUCGGAGGUCAGGAAGUUCUACGAGCUCUGCUGGGUCUCCUGGGCCGGCCAGCCGGAGGAGGCGAUCAUGGUGGACCGCGCGCGGUCCUUCCUGGGCGAGUUCGCGGACUACCUGGAGCAGGAUGGCGUGCGCCUGGGCUCGGCCGCUCUGGCUUCGCCGUGGCACAUCGGCAAGAUGGAGCGUCACGACGGCAUCUGGAACUCGAUGCUCACGAGGGUGGUGCACGACAAGCAGGUGGCGUGCCUUGAGGAGAUGAGGACAGCAGUGACGGAGUGCAACAGGGCCAAGAACACGUUGGCCCGGCGGGCUGGCUUCAGUCCCUACCUCUGGGUCCUCGGCCGGGACGUUCGCCUCCCGGCGAGCCUCGCGGACGACGCCGAGGUGGAGCGUGUGGGCGAGCAGGUGGCAGCUGCUACGCCAGGCUCGCGUUUUGCCCGCAAGGUCGAGAUCAGGACCCAGUGCAGGAUGGCUUUCAUCCAGACCGACACGGAGGAUCGGCUUCGACGAGUGGAGCUUCGACAAAUACGACCGACGAGAGGGCCGUUCGUUGUGGGCCAGUGGGUGCUUUUCUAUGACCAGGCGCAGCCAGCCAAGCAUCGGCCUGAGCAUCCAGACAACUGGCGAGGGCUGGCGCGUGUGAUCGGCCAUGAGGGACGGCAUGAAGUGUGGCUCGCCUCCCGUGGCCUCACCGUGCUCGCGAGUCCGGAGCACCUGGCCGCAGCGACCGGCCACGAGAUCCACGCCUGGAGAUCGAUUGCGCAGGAGCAGGAGUUGGUGCACGACACGCCCGUCAGCGGCGGCAGUGGCUUCGUGGACCUGCGAGGUCGACCCGAGCCCCCCGCCGCGGCGGGGCAGGAGCCCGCCGAGCAGGGCGACGAGAGCGGCAUGGACGUCGGGCCGCAGGCGGAGGUGCCAGAGGAGCCGCAGCCCGCCCCGGCUCCGCCUGAGCCGGAGGCGCCUCCGGCCACGCCUGAGCCGGAGGCUCCCCGCGCGGCUCCGGCCGCGCCCGAGCCGCCCGCGGCGCCAGCCCCUGCGGUGGGGGCUGAGGACGUGCCCGUGCCGCCCGACCUGGACUUCGACGCGAUGGAGUCCGACGCAGCGAUGCAGGAGAUCAUGGGGGAUGACGACGACGGCUGGCACCCCGACACCCACGGGGUGCACACGGAGCCCGAGCCGGGGGGGACUGCAGGAUCCAGCCUCUCGGCGCCCGCCGACUCGGCGACGUUCGUGCUGGGCAACGACCUGGACGAGUUCACGGAGGAGAUCAAGCUCGGCAGCUUGCCGGAGGAGCAACGCCGGAUGUUCUUGGAUCGAGGCGGCAGUCGUGACGCAGAGUGGCGCUCCUGGCAGGACUUCGACGCGGCCGAGCCGAUCCCGCCAGAUGAGAGCGUGGCGCUUCGCUCGGACAAGGCCAACAUCAUCAUCCCGAUGCGCUGGGUGGAUACCGACAAGAACGACGGGAAGUACGAUGAGGCCGGAGCCCCUCUGCCGCUGCUCGCGAAGAGCCGUCUGGUCGUGGUGGGCUUUCGCGACCGCUUGUUGGGUAUGUUCAGGCGGGACGCCCCCGCUGCCUCGCGGCUGGCGGAGGCGCUGCUCCUGACGCUGGCGGCGGCCCUGGGCGACGUCAAGAACGCCUACAUCAAUGGGCAGAACCUGCAGCGCGAGGUCUACCUGGAGCAGCCCCGAGGGGGCCUACCUGGCCUUGUCCCGGGCCAGCUGCUGAGGGCCCGCAAGGCCAUCUACGGCUUCGCGGAGGCAGCGAGGCUAUUCUGGCUAGCGCUGCGUGACGCCUUGCUGGCUGACGGUUGGCUUCAGUCGCGCCUGGAGCCGGCGCUCUUCUACAAGCGCGUGGACGGGCAGCUGAAGGACAUCGCGGUCUCGCACGUUGACGACGUGCUGGUGGCGAGGAUGAAGGUCAUGCAGCUGUCGGACCUCUUGCCGAAGGUCCUGGGCACGUUCCAGUGGAGGUGGAGCGAGCUGCCCUUCACCUUCCGCGGCCGAGAGCUUUCGAGUGAUCCGAGAGGUUUUGUGGUUAAGAUGGUGAACUACGCAACUUCCCUCAAGCCGAUCAAGAUCCCAGCAGCCCUAAGGAACCAGUUGCAGGAGGACUUGAACGAGGACGAGGCGAAGGAGCUGCUGCGGGUAUCUGGUGAGAUCGGCUGGCUAGGUCGACAGUGCCGACUCGACCUGGCCUUCCUCUCGGGCGAGCUGCAGAGGGCCCGAGCGGCCCCGUGUGUGGCGGACCUGGUGAAGGCGAACCUGGCGGUGUCCGAGGCCAAGAAGGGCGCUGAGGUCGCGCUGGUCUACCCGGCCAACUUGAGGCUGUCCUGCGCUGUGGUCGACGCGGCCGUGGACGCGGGCCACGCGAACGGCCCAGAGCACGACGACAUCGAGCGCUACAAGAGCUGUGGCGGCCACGUGGUGCUUCUCACGACCGGCAGCAUCCUGGCCAGACAUCAAGCACCAGUGGCGGUGCUGGACUGGAAGAGUGGCAUGACUCAGCGGGUGUGCCGCUCAACCUUGGCGGCAGAGGCCAGUCAUCUGGCGGGCGCAGUGGAGGCCGUCGACUGGGCGGCGGUGCUGUUCAGAGAGGCGAUGAAUGUCUCGGUGGUCUUGCUCAACUGGCAGGGGGAGGUGCAGCGGCUUCCCCGCUUCUGGGCAACAGACGCAAAGUCCGUCUACGACCACCUCGCGAAGGAGGGCUCGACGAAGAUCAAGGACAAGAGGAUGGCGAUCGAGGGUGCCUUGCUCAGGGAGGUGCUGCGCUGCGAGAACACCCACCUCAGGUGGAUUGAUGGCUCGCAGAACAUCGCUGACGUGCUGACGAAACUAGGGGUGGACAAGGUCUACCUGUACAGGGUACUGCGGGAGGCCAAGUGGAGCUUGGUGCAGGACCCGGCGGCGGCGGCGCUCAAGAUGAGGAAGAGCAUGCAACGUGCUAGCCGCAAGACCGCCAUCGAUUCGAGGAAGACGGAGAAGAGGCAGAAGGACAAACUCGUGAGAGCUAAUGAGAUGCGGGACAUCGCAGAUU